CAUUUAUAGGAUACAUGCAAAUUUGCCAAACGCCGGAGACAAGAAAGAAACUCCGGCGAACAGGCGUGCCGGUGCCGGCGAGAAACUCGUCGUAACCGAAGUUUCUGUUUUCUCUGUUGUGUACACCUGGCUGUGAGUUGUUAUGGUGUAGAAAAAUUAGAGAAGGAAGGUCUUAAUUUAGAGAGAGAAGAAACAAAGGGUUCGCCCUCCAAUAUGGUGAGUCUGAAACAGAGAGAAUUUAAAAGGCCCAUCUCUCUCUCUCUCUCUCAUAGCGUCAAAUGCUUUAAAACCCAUCAGUUACAUACUUUUCUUUCACGUACGAUUAGACAGAUAGAGAGAGAAAGUGUGUGUGUUCAUACUCAAUCAAUGCACAGUAUUUGUUAGUAGUAGCCGAUCGAGUAGUAGUGGCUUUAGUGGAGAGGGUGGGGAGGGUGGCCGCUCCUCUCUCUCUUCUCUCUCUCUCUCUCUCUCUCUUUCAUACUGACUUAAUUACUGCCUGAUUUUUCAAUAUCAUUUGGUGCCUGAACUCACUCGCCAAAAUCAUGCGAAUAUCUUUGAAUUUUCGGCCGUUUCUCUUCCAAUGAAACAUGCUUAUUUGUCAUUCAAAGCCAAUGCCUUUUUUCUCACAACCCACUUUCAGAAAUCUUUUUUUCUUCUUCUUCCAGUAGAGUUACUCAUUUUUUCUGGGUCUUCAUCCUUGCAUACGGUUCUCGUCUUCUUUCUCUUUUUUUCUUUUCGUUUUAGGUUACUUUCUGUCUUGUUUGUGGUACCAGUAGCGACGGUAAUGGAAGCAGAGAGACGAAUGCACUCAUUUUAGGUACUCUAAGAAGAUUAUAUCAUUUCAUGGAGUACGGAAGUGGAGGAGGGAGUGGGUCAGGCGGAGACCAUGACGCUUCAGACCCCCAGAGGAGGAAGAAACGAUACCAUCGUCACACCGCUCACCAGAUUCAGAAACUUGAAUCAACGUUCAAGGACUGUCCACACCCAGAUGAAAAGCAGAGAUUACAGUUGAGUAGAGAGUUGGGUUUAGCACCUCGGCAAAUCAAGUUCUGGUUCCAAAACAGGAGAACCCAGAUGAAGGCCCAACACGAAAGAGCCGAUAACUGUGCUCUCCGGGCUGAGAACGACAAGAUCCGAUGCGAGAAUAUAGCAAUCAGAGAGGCACUAAAGAAUGUCAUAUGCCCGUCUUGUGGCGGGCCUCCUGUCACUGAAGAUUCCUAUUUCGACGAACAUAAACUGCGAAUGGAGAAUGCCCAGUUGAGAGAAGAGCUUGAUAGAGUGUCUUCCAUUGCUGCAAAAUACAUAGGGAGACCCAUAACUCAACUCCCACCAGUACAGCCUCUUCACAUGUCCUCACUGGAUUUGUCCAUUGCCACUCUUAAUAGCCAAGGGUUUAACGGUCCUUCCCUUGAUCUUGAUCUGCUUCCAUGCAGCUCUUCGACUGAUCAGCCAAACUUACCGUUCCAGCAUUUGGUUAUUUCCGACAUGGACAAGUCUUUAAUGGCUGAUAUUGCAGCCAAUGCCAUGGAGGAAUUACUUAGGCUUCUGCAAACUAAUGAACCCUUGUGGGUUAAGUCGAGUCAUGAUGGCAGAGAUGUUUUAGAUCUCGAAAGUUACCACAGGAUGUUUCCAAGAGCUAAUGCUCACUUGAAGAACCCUAAUGUUCGAAUUGAAGCAUCAAGAGAUUCCGGUGUUGUUAUCAUGAAUGCUUUGGCACUAGUUGACAUGUUUAUGGACUGUAACAAAUGGGUAGAGCUUUUCCCCACCAUGGUUUCCAUGGCAAAAACAAUGGAAGUGCUUUCAUCUGGGAUGAUGGGUUCUCGAGCUGGUUCAUUGCAGUUGAUGUAUGAAGAGUUGCAGGUGCUUUCACCCCUGGUGGCCACCAGGGAGUUCUGUAUUCUGAGAUAUUGUCGGCAAGUAGAACAGGGUUCGUGGGCUAUAGUAAAUGUGUCUUACGAUUUUGCCCAAUUUGUUUCUCAGUGUCCAUCUCGUAGGCUUCCUUCUGGGUGCUUGAUUCAAGACAUGCCUAAUGGUUACUGCAAGGUUACAUGGGUAGAACAUGUGGAAAUUGAAGACAAAACAGCCGUGCAUAGGCUUUAUAGAGAGCUGAUUCAUAGUGGGUUAGCAUUUGGAGCAGAAAGAUGGAUGGCCAUUAUUCAGAGAAUGUGUGAGAGGUUUGCUUGUCUAAUGGUAUCAGGCACGUCUACUCGUGAUCUUGGGGGAGUAAUUCCAUCGCCCGAUGGCAAGAGAAGCAUGAUGAAACUAGCACAGAGGAUGGUUAACAACUUCUGCACCAGCAUUAGCACAUCCAGUAGCCAUCGCUGGACAACACUCUCGGGAUUCAAUGAAGUUGGAGUGCGAGUCAGCGCACACAAGAGUAGUGAUCCUGGCCAACCCAGUGGUGUCGUUUUUAGUGCAGCUACUACAUUUUGGCUUCCAGUUUCUCCCCAAAAUGUUUUCAAUUUCUUCAAGGAUGAAAGAACUCGACCUCAAUGGGAUGUUCUCUCGAACGGUAAUGCAGUGCAAGAGGUUGCCCACAUUGCGAAUGGAUCACAUCCUGGAAACUGCAUAUCCGUGCUUCGAGCGUUCAACACCAGCCAAAACAAUAUGCUGAUACUUCAAGAGAGUUGCAUAGACUCUUCAGGCUCACUUGUGGUCUAUUGCCCUGUUGAUUUACACGCCAUAAACAUAGCAAUGAGCGGGGAGGAUCCCUCAUACAUCCCUCUACUGCCAUCAGGGUUUACAAUUUCGUCAGACGGGCAGAGCCAGCAGGGCGAUGGAGCAUCAUCAAGUAGCUCAAACGUGCUGGGUAACAGUUCGAGUGGAUCGUUAAUAACAGUAGCAUUUCAGAUACUGGUAAGCAGCUUGCCAUCUGCAAAACUUAACAUGGAGUCUGUAGAAACUGUUAAUAACCUUAUCGGAACGACUGUCCAGCAAAUUAAAAGUGCCUUGAAUUGUCCUGCUUCAUGAUCAUCAUCAUCAUUCAUCAGACUCAGACAACUGUUUUUCUUUGGUAAGUCUAGUGAGUAUAAAUAUGGAGAUCAGAAGGAUUCAGAAUGGAUUUUUGUGGUGGGUAAUGAAUGUGGGUAGUUGGGAAGUAUGAAUGCUGGGCUUCAGGCCUCAUCAAGCUGCUCUGCUUAUUUACUCCAUUGCUGCUUCAUCUUCUGCCAAACUUCAUUUACGAUCAACACCAAACUCGAUCAAAUUUUUCUUCUUUUUUUUUUUUUUUUAAAUUUUCUUCACAAUUUACCAUUUUGAAGAGUGUCAGUAUUAAAGAGAGGGAGUCAAGAACGCACCAUACGCUCUGCCAACCUACAAAAUUUGUGUAUGGUUCGGGUAUUGACUUCUCUGUUAAUGCUCUUUCUUUUGGGCAAAAAUUAAUU